AUGGAGGGCUUCUCGUCCAAAGCGGCGCCCACGGCCUCGGGCCAAGGUGAAGACGCCGUCGAGCUCUUCUCGCCCGUCCAGCGCGUAUUCAGCAACGAGCAGCAACGCGACGGCAACUCUGUCGAAAUCGGGUUUCUCGACUCCGCCGCCAUCCGAACAAACAACCAGCAACGGCAGGGACGCGACCCGCAUUUCGCCAUCGGCUGCUUCGUCAGAGCAUACAGGAUGGCGUCCAACGGCCUCUACGACUCGAACAAGAAGUCGUUCUUCCCGUCAACCGACAAGGACCACCUCUUGCGCCUCAUCGACGUCUCGGGCUCCAAGGAACGAAGAGACCCCGACAUACUCGACGAGGAGACUCAAAAGAACCUCCGCGAACUCGACUACAUUCUCUGGCAGGACGGCCUCCCCGACUACUUCGACCGCGCCACGCGUUACGACAAGAUGCGCGGCGACCCCGUCGACCGGCUCUUCGUCGCCCUGCCCAGCGUCUUGGACGACGACUGGGGCUUCAAGGACCCUGAGGCCGCCGCUGACCACGACCGCCGCUUCGCCCUCGCUCUAUGGCCCUUGGCCAACUCGUGCAUCGAGAGCGUCAUCGCCGCGUCGGCGGACAAGAACGCCCACGAGUACUGGUGGGCCGCCCGCUUCGCCUUCUCUCUCUGGGAGCGCUCCGAUCGCUCCGUCCGCUGCGUCUUCGCCCAGCUCCUCGGCCAGCUCGCCGUCUCCCAGAUCGCGCCCAUCGACAGAGACCAGAUCGACCUCGCCCCCGGCCACAAGUGCCCCGUCAGCGAGGAUGGCGAGCCCUGCCCCGGCGAGGCCUACAUCAACCGCAACGACUGGCUCAAGUACGCCCGCUGGAUCCACCGCGGCCGCCGCGACGCCGACGCCGACCUCGAGCACCGCCGGGACCAGGCGAGCGCCAGCGGCAUGGGCGAGGCCCUCGUCCGCGACAACUGCGUCAAAUGCGGCAUCGGGCGCGGCGGCACCGGCGAGGCCCACGGCAAACGCAUGUUCUACUGCCACGGCUGCUACUCCAGCUUCUCUCCGGACCUCCGCCGCAUGUACUGCUCCAAGAAGUGCCAGAAGGACGACUGGGCCGACCACUACGACGACUGCCAGCGCCGCAAGCGCUUCCUCCGCGCCGUCUUCAUCCUCAAGGGCGUCGCCUCCAAGUUCAUGGCAUCGACCUACUCGGGCAUGGCCGUCGACUGCGUUGGCGUCCAGAUCCGCGCCGUCAACCAGGUCCAGAACCGGAUCAGCGACAAGGUCGACCGCCGCGGCGUGCCGCGCAUGGCCGUCUCUCCGGGAGUGCACAACGCCAACUACUGGGUCGGUCAGCAGGUAUUCCCCCUCGGCCAGUCGUUCCUCUCGCACAAGUCGGAGAACGACAUUGGCAAGGUCAUGGCCUGGGAUGCCGGCAAUAACCUCUACUACCACCUCCAGCCAAUCAUCCAGGAGACCAUUGGUCCCCACUGCGAUAUGAUCGUUGAGACCGAAGUCUAUGUCCGCAACGCCAACAGCAUCACGAGCCUCGCGGCCAACAUGUGCCGUGAGGGCCUUCAGCUCCAGAUUGCCAAGGGCAAAGACCCCAUGUUCUGGCCCCAUCCAGUUCUCAACUGCCGCCUCAAGGGCUCGAACCCGGAUGACAUCUACAUCAUCGACCUCCUCGGCGACAAGUUCGGCUUCAAAGACAUCGUGCUGCCCUUCGCCGCCUUCAUCAAGUCCAGACACGCCAGCUGCGUCUCGUCGAUGGUGCUGAGAGGCAUGCCCCCCCACUGGUUCCCGGCCGAACAGAAGGGCCUCGUGGCGUGCCGCGACACGGUGUCCUUCACCUGGGCCGAGUGCAUCAAGACGUACUUUAGCAUUCACCACCCGACCAUCAAGGGCGCGUGGCAGGUGCCGCGCCUCACGGAGGAAAAGUUCCACGAAAUGGCGGCCGCAGUCAUGGCGGUCUCGGACCGCAUCCUGCAGGACAUCACGAACCGCCUCCGCGAGCAGGACGUCUUCCGGCAGUACCUCGUGAUCGACCCGAACCCCUACUCACACGAGUUCGGCUUCGGCGUGACCCACAACCAGGAGGAGUGCGACGUCUACGAGAACAUCUGGAUGGACCGGCGCACCUACGACGUCAUCAUCAAGGACGAGCUCGUCGCGCGGCACAAGACGCUCCGCGCUGGGUCCGAGACGCUGCGGCUCGCGGCGCUCUGGGUCGACCGCCUCCGGAAGCACAGCCAGCGUGGCGCGCCCUUCGACUCGGUCAAGAUCCUCGGCGGCCGCGCGGCCAAGCACUUUGGCGUCGGCGCGUCGCACUCGGCGGGCGAGUUCCGAAAGAUGGAGAGGGCGUGGCUCACGCACAGCGGCAUCGCGCCGGCGCACAUCGACAUCUUCUACAAGCAGUGCGACCGCGUGUUCGGCGACCGCCCGGGCAGCUCGCUGACGCAGCUCCGCAGGAUGAUGGAGCCCGAGGCCGCGUCCGAGUGCAUCAUGCGCAUGUCGACGGAGGAGGCCCAGAUCUGGGUGGCGAUCGGCGCGUACCUGACGUCGUCCAACUCCAAAGAGUGCAUGGAAAAGAUCCGGGCUCACGUUGCGAGCCUUUUGAAGUCGAAGAACUGA